UUUUCCAACACAUGUAAAUUAAGAUGGAGAAUUAUUGUUGGGUAGUUUUAGCCAUUAUAACAUGUCUUGUUCUGUUAAAACUCUUCCAUGAUGAUAAACAAAAUCUUCCACCAGGUCCAAAACCAUGGCCUAUAAUUGGCAAUCUACAUCUUGUUGGUUCCGUUCCUCACAAAUCCCUUCACAAACUCGCGAUAACUUAUGGAGAUUUAAUGCUUCUAAAGUUUGGUACUCGAAAUGUGCUAAUAGUAUCCUCUCCAGAAAUGACAAGAGAAUUUUUAAAAACAAAUGAUGCAAAUUGGGCGUCUCGCCCUCAACUUGCUGCUGGUAAGUACACUGCUUAUAAUUAUCAUGACAUGACAUGGGCGCCUUAUGGUCCAUUUUGGAAACAAGCACGACGCAUCUACCUCAACCACAUUUUCAACUCUAAACGUCUAGAUUCGUUUGAGUACAUUCGAGUAGAGGAAAGGCAGAAUUUUAUUUCGCGACUUUUUCAUCUCUCCAUGUUAGGGAACCCAAUUCUUCUUAGACAACAUUUAACACGUUACACUCUAACGAGUAUAAGUAGAACAGUGUUGGGUGAAAAAUAUUUUAGCGACUCAAAUGGUAAUUGUAAUGAAAAUUCUAUAAUAAGUUUGGAGAAAUUGCAGGAUAUGCUUGAUAAGUGGUUUUUACUUAAUGGUGUGAUUAAUAUUGGAGAUUGGAUACCUUGGUUAGGGUUUUUGGAUUUGCAAGGUUAUGUUAAGGAAAUGAAAGAGUUGCAUAGGAAUUUGGAUAAAUUUAAUAAUUUUGUGUUGGAUGAUCACAAGGCCAAUAGGGAAUUAGGAGAUAAGAAUUUUGUGGCAAGGGAUAUGGUGGAUGUUUUGUUGCAACAAGUUGAUGAUCCUAAUCUUCAUCUCAAACUCAACACUGAUUCUGUCAAGGGUCUAAUGCAGGAUUUAUUAGCUGGUGGCACAGACACUUCAGCAACAACAAUUGAAUGGGCUUUUCAUGAACUUAUUAAACAACCAAAAAUGAUUAAGAAAGCACAAAAAGAGCUAGACCGUGUCAUUGGAGAUGGGAGAUGGGUGCAAGAGAAAGAUUUCACUCAACUCACUUACAUUGAAUCAAUUAUCAAGGAAACUUUAAGGCUUCACCCAUUAAGCACCAUGCUUCCGCCCCGUACUUCCCUAGAGGAUUGUCAUAUAGCAGGCUACGACAUACCAAAAGGGACGAUUUUAAUGGUGAACACUUGGAGUAUUGGACGGAACUCGCGGUAUUGGGAGUCACCAGAAGAAUUUAUACCAGAGAGAUUCGAAGGGAAUGAUAUAGAUGUUACGGGACAACAUUUUAUGCUCUUACCAUUUGGUUCGGGUCGGAGAAAGUGCCCGGGAUAUAGUCUUGGGAUUCGUAUCAUUAGGGCCACGUUAGCCAACUUGUUGCACGGGUUCAAUUGGCAAUUGCCACAUGGCAUAAAUCCACAAGACAUUAGCAUGGAUGAGAUUUAUGGACUUACUACACACCCCAAACUUCCUCUCCAUUUUAUCAUGGUGCCUAGACUUCCUCACCAUCUUUACAAAUAAUGGAUCAAUGUCAAUCAAUAAUGUUCCUAGAAUUUUUUGCUUUGUAUUAUCAUUUGCCAAAGCUCUUUUUGUAGUUUUCGCAUUUGCA